AUGCAGCAGCUGGUCGAGGCGAAUGAUACAGAUGAUAAUUGGACAGGCCUUUCAGAUGCAGCUGCUCGACGCAAAAGGCAGACAAGGCUAAACAUGAGAGCGCAUCGGCGCCGAAAAGCACUUGAAGGAGCUAAAAUAUCCCAACAAGAAGGUCUUGUAGCUUGCUGGGACGAUCGACGCCAAAAAGUCCUCUAUCUACCAGAGUCCCAAGCCAAGGCGCUGAAUUACGAUCACAAGUCGCCAGUGAUAAGACAAAAUUCCGCCGGAAUCAUCUUUCCUCUGUCGUCUGACCAUCUAAUAACAUUGAUUCAAUUCAACGUCAUGCGUGCUGUGAUCGUCAAUAAACGACUACUCUCAGCUCUGGAACCCGAUGGAACAUCUUAUAACUACACGCCUGGCGUAGUGCGAGUCCUCCCCGCAUUGGCUGACAUUCAAGGACUGCCCGCAAGUUUACACCCUACCAAAACCCAAUCAAUGAUUCCGCAUGGUCGUUGGAUUGAUACCUUCCCACACCCAACAUGGAGGGACAAUUUCAUACACGCCCAAGGCAGAUUUGAUGAGUACGACCUGUGUUCUGAUACCUUAGGAGGUCUGUUCCAGGGAGAACUUGCCGCGGAGUGCGAGCGGCGUGGCAUCAUUGUUUGGUCGCCUCCCUGGGACUUCAAUGGUUGGGAGCUAUCAGAAGGAUUUGUGAGGAAAUGGGGAUGGUCCAUCAAGGGCUGCAGCGACAUUCUUGAGGCUACCAACAAGUGGCGCUCGCUGAGAGGAGAGAGGCCCUUACAUUUUGAAUGUUGA